GUUUGUUGACAGUAAUCAGAGGGCCAGUGAGACCAACUCCCCGCUAUUAACUGCUGUCAGGACGUGGGAUGGACCCCCUGUGAACUAGGAAGAUGUUGAAGGGAAGGGGAUGGUUUGGUGGAGGGUUAUGGAAGAGCAAAAACCCUCACUCGUUAGAACACCUCAGGUACCUGUACAAUGUGCUCAGUAAAAACCAGGUUGUGCAAGAGAGUAACCGCGGCCUUUUGGUGGAGAACCUCCGCUCCAUUGCAGAAAUACUCAUCUGGGGCGACCAAAAUGAUUCUUCUGUGUUUGAUUUCUUCCUGGAGAAGAAUAUGCUUGCAUUCUUUCUUCGUAUCAUGAGACAAAAAUGUGGAAGCUACGUGUGUGUACAACUUCUUCAGACUUUGAAUAUCCUCUUUGAGAACAUAAGGAAUGAAACUUCACUGUAUUACUUGUUGUCCAAUAACCACGUCAACUCCAUCAUCGUCCACAAGUUUGACUUCAGCGAUGAGGAGGUCAUGGCCUACUACAUAUCAUUUUUGAAGACUCUGUCACUCAAGCUCAAUGUCCAUACAAUCCAUUUCUUCUAUAAUGAGCACACAAAUGACUUCCCAUUGUACACAGAAGCCAUCAAGUUUUUUAACCACCCGGAGAGCAUGGUGAGGAUAGCUGUCCGGACGCUCACGCUUAACGUCUAUCGGGUCAAUGAUCAGUCGAUGCUCCAGUUUAUCCGUGACCGGACUGCAGCUCCCUACUUUUCCAACCUUGUUUGGUUUAUAGGGAACCACAUCCUGGAGCUAGAGAACUGUGUGCGGAGCGAUGUUGACCACAACAGUCGAGGUCGUCUGGCUGACCUGGUAGCAGAACACUUGGACCAUCUCCACUAUCUCAAUGACAUCCUCAAGCUGGACAUAAAGACCCUGAAUGCCGUGUUAGCUGACCACUUGCUCAACCGGUUGCUUGUUCCUCUACUUGUUUAUUCCCUCAAUCCUCGUCCAGAUAAGGAUGACAGACCAAGAAUCAGCAGUGUGGUGUCCCUGUUCCUGUUGUCUCAAGUGUUUCUCAUCGUUUCUCAUGCCCCACUUGUCAGAGCUCUUGCCAAAAUAGUCUUUCAUGCUGACAACUCUAUAUUUUCUGAGGAUUCAAUGAUCUUACAGAUGUUCCAGGGACAGCGGCUGGUGCGAAGAGGGUUUGUGGCUCCCGAGGAACCUUUAGAAAAGUCGCUGCAAGCAAGAACGUCUAGUGGUUCAGGGAGCAGCUCUUCACAGAGUCCAGGAGGUAGUACGUCAAGAGAGGAAGCCAGCAGCAGUAAACGUGGCUCAGAAGACGACAUUAGAGACUCUAGCGGGUUACUCUUGGACCAGGAGGCAGAGGAGGCAGCACUCUGUAGAGAACUGCGGAUAUCAACUCCUGCUGCGGACAUAAUGGCAAGCAUUGGCAUCUCUGACUUAGAAGCUACACAUGUCAACAUUACUGAUGAGGAGAAGGAGCAGCUCAGAGCCUCAGAUCAUUCUGGAGGCAGUACAAUGGAUGUCGGGAUAACGGAACGCUCACUUGUCUCUCGGCCAUUUCUCCAGUCUACUGUUGCCUCGUUGGAUUGUUCAGAUAACGACUACUCAUCUCUGUUUGCCCUGUGCCUCCUGUAUGCCCUUGGUCAUAAUCAAGAUGGCAUCAAUCAAGAGCUUCUGGAUUUGGUGGUGGUGGGGGGAGAGGCUGCUGACACCAAGUCCCUGUACAACACCCUCCUGGUAGACAAAAUGCUGGAAAUCAUCUCUCUCAGUUGCCAAUACAAUUCACGUGUGAGGGUGGCUACCUUGGAGAUGGCCAUCCUUGUAUUAAAGCAGCUGAUUGGUGUUGGGUCCAGCAGUCGCAGAAAACAUACCAGUUGCCUCCGUGACCAUCAUUUAGCAACGCUAGAAGGUGCCAGAGAAGAAGCCACUCUUAUGCUCAGAAACUUUUAUAAGAGUGAAGAAAUAUUCCUGGACAUGUUUGAGGACGAGUGGCACGAAAUGCAUCGAAAACCCCUGAAUGUGGAGUACCUACUUCAGGAUGCCUCUGUGUUGUUACCACCAGCAGGCACACCACUCACUGGCAUAGACUUCAAUAAGAGAUUACCCUGUGGUGAGGUUGAGCGUGCACGACGAGCCAUGCGGGUGUUCUUCCUCGUUCGAGAAAUCUGCUUGGCUGUUCGUGAUGAACCAGAUGGCCACUUGCCCCUCACAAACCCUGCAGCCUGUGUCCAAGUAGCAGAUGUUCUUGAUCUCAAUAACAGUGACUUAAUAGCCUGUGUGGUGAUACCUCGGGAUGGACAACGUACCAAACGCUUCUUAGUCAUUGAUAUCAUCCAGUUGAUCCUUGUAGAGCCAGACUUGAAAAGACUAGGCUGGGGAGUUGCAAAGUUUGUUGGCUUUUUGCAGGACUUAGAGGUGAAUGGAGAUAAAGACGACUCCCGAGUACUCCACCUAACAAUCCACCGACCGUCUGCAUCAUCAGGAGCCACUGGCAGACCCACCACCCCCCUCUUGGCAGCAAAGUUCAUAUUUGACGACCAUAUACGAUGUAUGGCAGCUAAACAAAGAUUGACCAAAGGGAGGAUUAAAGCACGACAAAGGAAGCUGCACCAGAUCGCCCGGUUAUUAGAGCUACCAAGCCAUUUGCAACCUUGCCCUUCACCCCCAGCACAUGCCCUUCACACCAUGCGGCAAGAAGCCCACAGACGUGGACUGAGCCGAGCUGUUGCUGCAGAUGGACGCAGCCGUAGUCAGUCACACCGGCCAAUGUUUAAUGUAACUCGUGUGCCGGGUUUUGCUCUGAAACGUGAAGGUGGAACAAACCAACAAACUAUCUCAGAUGCAGAAGAAAAUGCAAGCAAUUGUGCAGGACGAUCUGAAUCCCAAAGCCCGAGUCGUAGUGGUCGUCAGAGUAACAGACAGCCACAGGCCAGUCACGAGAGAGGCUCACGCUCCAGUUCUCGACCCCGCCCACGUAGUGAAGAAAUACCUAUGGAAGACAUGAUGGCUUCUGGGGGUGUUCCCCAGGCCUCCCCAUCUUUGCCUAAGGUGAAUGUAGAGAGUACUAGCUCCCCUCAGGGCAGUAACAGCAGUAGCUGUUCUAGCACUGCAGGAGAGGCCACUGCGGUAGAAAGAGGCAUUUCUGGAAAUCUCGAGUCACCUGCAAGGCCCAACGUCAUUAGUCCUGGAAUAGACGAGGGAGUGUGGCCCUGUGCAUCACUUGUGGAGAAUCCUGAAUUGUCUCCUGGCCCCACACGUCUCCUUCCACCUCUCAGCUAUGUUCCUCCUCCACUCCUCCUGCCAGCUGCUAGUGAUUCUCAUGUCUUCCCUGUUGAAAAUGAUGGAAACAAUUUGAUGACUCCUCCUUCGCACAUAAACCCUACACCCCAUAUGCCAGCUAGCCCUCCUCAGAUGGAUGAGAAAGAAACUUCCUUUACUGCCAAACUUCCCCUCACCAGAACUGGUGUGGGUUAUGAUGUCUUUGAACCCCAUACUAAUGGCAAUGUUAAUAUUGAUAGCCAGAUACGAGACAGUCCAAGGAAUAGUGUUGGUUCGGCUGACUUUAGCCCCAUACGUAAAGGUAGAGUUAAAGGAAAUGUAGAGACUGUUUAGUGGGUAAAUUUUAAGUAUUGUGUCCUCAUGUUGUGAUAUCAUCAUUUCUCUGCUUUAUGUCUCCAAAGGAUGAAGUUUAAUUUGAUAGACUAUUUAAAAGCUCUUCUUUUAUUCAUUUUUGUUAUCUUUAUAAUUAAGUGAAAAUAUUUUCAGAGGAGAAUGCAAAUGUUGAUAUAGUAAAUUUAUUGUUAUAUUUUAUUUCCUUUUGCAGUUUUCAAAUGGUGUUGUUAAUAUGUUACUAAAUAAUGUUAUUACAGUUCAGAGUUUAAGGGGUUAAGGGUUCAGCAUAGAUUAACAUAUGUACUGUAUUCAAAUCAUCUUUUACUUUACGAAUGUUGGCUUCAGAAAAGAAAAUAUAUAUUUUACUGCAAUACCAAAGCAAAGGAAGAAUCAAGAUGUGCACUUAAGUCCUUGGAGACACACUUGAGAAAUAAAUCUUAAUUCCUACAAAGAGUGAUGUUGAUUUGUUAGUUAAUUAUUGCAUUAAAUAUAGUAUUAUGUACUGUAUAUACACUUGAGAAAAUGUGGAGCACUAGAUAAACAAAUAUAUGAUCAUGUCUCUUAAGCCAGAGUGGAAGAAGAUCCAUCCUCAUGAGUCCUGUAAGUACCUUAAGCUAUUUGUAAAUUUAUAUUGUAUCAUACAUUGUUACUGCACUUAAAUGAAACCAUUCUGAAUUUGCUUAAUCUGUCUUGGUGAAUUACAGUGAGGCUUUUGGUUAAUGUUUUGUGUAAUACUCCCGAGCUGUGUUUGGGUCAUAUGUGCAGUAUAUUAGUUUUCAGUAUUUAUAUAUAAUUUUACUAAGGUCUCAUUUUUCUUUAUGUAGUGAGCAGUGACUAAUAACAUUAUUCACUCAGCAAAAACCCCCAAAACAGUCUGUAACAAAGUACCCCUUGUAAUAGUUUUAUCACAUCACUGUUUGAGUAAUGGCCAAAUUUUCUUCUAAGAUGUUACAAAAUAUUUUUUAGAUAUUUAUAUUCAUGGAAUCCCAGUAACAGGUGGGAUUUAAGAGUAUGCUGCUCACUUCUAACACAUAUGUCAUGUGAACAUCUCUCUGUUGUGUUUUGAGUAUUACAGUAACCUAUAUUUUGUAAGAUACGAUGACAUGCCAUCCUAAUGUUCUUCUGAAGAAAGGUAAUAUUGUAGUUCUUAUAUGUAAUGCAAAACUUAAAGGGAAAAGUUAAAAUAAUAGUUAGGAUGUACAGUAUAUACAGGAGUUAUGGUACUGUGUGUCUUUUCUGGAGUUUUCAUUACAGCACAGCAAACUCGGGAACUAUCCAAAAUGUCAUCCCAGCAUAUGUACUAAGUGAUGCCCCCUAUUUCUUUACCUAUUUUAUAAAUUUGUGUAACGUUUCGAUUUUUUGGGCAAUUUGCAAUUCAAAUUGCACACACAAAUUACUUAUAGAUGGACAUCAAUCAAAUGAGAACUUUCUAGAUUUGCCAAGACGUGAUAGUUAACGCACAGCCGUGAGAGGAAGAAUGGGCACAUGCUUCUCAACAAGUCAAUCAUUGCCGCAGUUUUUACAUAUCUUUUAUACAUCCUUACAUUUAUUAUAUGCUAAUUGUUUUAAUGUCUUAAAAGUGGUGAAACUGGGACAUAGGUGAUGGUGGUCAGAGAGGGAGAACAUACACCUGCCUCUCAAUUGUAUUUUAUUUUUGUUUUUUAUCAAGUGUUUCUCUACAAAUAUUCAGCCCAAACACCUCACAAUUCUCGGCAGGGAAUGCAUUCCCUCUUAAAACAUUGUUUCUUAUGGAAAAAUUAGCUUCUUCUAUCAUAAGCCGUUUCAGGAAUGGAACAUUUGCAAUAAACAAGGAUUUCCUGUAUGUACUCUAUUUAGAAAUAGUAAAUUUUAUCCAAAAUAAUAAAAUAAAAACAAUUUAAUUAAAGGAGGAAUUAAUUGAAAUAACCAAGUGUAUGUGGUGAAUGUCUCCAGGGGGACCAGUACAGUAAUGUGGGAAUACUUUAGGGCUUAGAAGUUUGUUUCUGAAAAUGAAACUCAUUAACAUUAUUCUUGUAUCACCAUACUUGUAGACCUCCCCGAGUGGUUGGAAUCAUGUUACAAGAAUCUGUGGAUGACAGAUUGAUGAACAGGGCAUUUGCAGUGUUUAUUCUGAAUAGAAACAACUUUUUUUUUCAAAUCAAAUGUGGUUCCUCAAAUUUCACAUGUAAUAAGAUUCAUGGUAUUUCUUAUGAUUAAUUGGCAACUUAGGUUUUGUAAACCAUGUAAUAUACAGUAUGCAGAUUUUUUUUUUAUUAUUAUUAUUAUUGUAGAAAUGAACCAAAAUUGCUCAAAUGGAAAAGAAACUGACACUAUAUCACCUUUGCCAAAAUGUUUGUAACCUGGAAAGUACAUAAAUUCUACCUCACACCAUCCCAGAUGCAGGACACAUUUUAUUUUCUUGUCAGUGUUUACCUAUGUGUGCUAAGCUUAGCAUUGCACAUUCAAAAUAGUUUGCGAGUUACUUGAUUUACAGUCCACUGUACUUUGGAAAUAUUUUAAAUACUGUAAUGCUCUGUUCUUGUAUCAAGUGAUUAAAUUAUAUCCAAAGUUUUCAUAAGUCAGAUUGUAAGCAACAUGAAGCUUGAUUAUUGAUGAAGUGUUUUGAGGAUGAUAACAUUAGCUUAAAAAAUAAUGAAAACAUAGUUUACAAACAAAACUAAUGGACUAACACUCAUCAAGAAUCAAACUAGGAAAUUAUAUAUUUUAUAUUUUGAAUAUCUGAAAUCACCUCACCUGCCGCGACUAAAACAGAAAGGAAUGAAGAUAUUUAUUUCUGCCAGUUGUUUUUAAUUUUAUCUCAAGUUCCAUCAUGUGAGGCAAAAAGUGAGUUGUGUGCCAUACAGUGCAGUUGUUACUUUUAUAAAAUUUAUUUUUAGUGCCAACAAUACAUACUGUGUCAUAUAUUGUACUGAUAGACGUAUUGUUUCAACACCAGUAUUUUUUAUAUGUUAUUGUCAUGAACUGUUUUGUGAAAUUUCAUUUUUGGGAAAGUACUGUACAUAUAGGCUGAUAAAUUAUAUUUUACUUUCUGAAUUGACAAUGACUUCCUUGCAUUUUCCAUUUGAUUACCUUCUGUGAAUAUUCUUUCAUGCCUUUAUAUAUCUUUUGAAUUUGUUCUUGACUAUAUCAUGUCGUCAACCUCUAAAUACUUCUCAAUAUGUACAGUACUGUAUUCAUUUUCUCCCGGGGUCAGCAGUCUUCUGUCUAGUACAUGUCAUCUGCUCACACUCUACAACCCAUUUGACUAUCACUGGCUAUUGCACUCAUGUUGUCAUUCUCUGGUAAACUAUUGCAGAUAGCAGUUUAAAAAUUUUAUCUAGAAAAUGAGUUAACAUUCUUUUUAUUAAGUAAAGUGAACACACAAGGAAAAUCAAAUAAUGUAUUAUAGUAAUUUUAAAUGUUCACUUCUGAUAUAUAAAGCCCUUCACUUAAUUAUGUAUACUGUAAUUAAAUGGUGAAAAGAUAAUGAACUUUGUCAUUAGGAAUGAAUCUUUGUACUGUUUAAGUUGUUCAUUUUUUGUUACUUCAAUUGUUACACUGCAACUUUUAUUUAAACAAUAUAUUAGAGAUUUCAUUCUAAGUUCUAAUGUACCCUACAGCCCUAAAAAAAUAAAGUAUCAUUCCUCAUUUAUGAAGGACGUGUAGAAAAGUUAUCCUCUUCAAUAACUUACUGUAUAAUAUUUUAUGCUAUGCAUUGAGACCUCCAAUAUCAUGUACAUACACUAUUUAAUCUCAUGUUCAGUAUGUUAACUGGAGUCAAGCAAUAGCCUAACAUAAUGCAACCUACAGAAAUAAUUAAUUUGUGUUUAUUUUGUUUUAUAUAAACAGAAAACCUCCCAAAAGUGGACCUUCAUUUAGUGGACACCUUCCAUGAAUAGAUGGACUGCAGUCCACUGAUGUUCUCUGCUAAUGGGUAAAAUAUGCUAAAGAGGUAUUUCCCAUUAUCAAAUUUUCUAGUUGCUGUGGCAUGAGUCAGAAUGUUUUAAUGGAAGACAUCAGGGUAAAAUCUGCCUUGCAAGAGGUCUUUUCUUUUAUAAUUUGCUUUUGUUCUAGGCAUCUAGCAUCAGUCUUAGCUUGUGGAUGAGUAGUGUGCAGUGUACAAACCAAGUGUAUUUUGGUACACACCACAUGCAGAGAUCAACUCAUAUGAGAAUGAGGCAUUGUGAUAUGUGUCCCCUCCAUUAAGUUUCCCUCACUGAAGCUGUGGUUGUAUGAGCACUUUUACAGGUAUUAGCAAUUUCUUUACUGAAAGCUAUUUCAAGCAAUUUUGGGUAAUAUUUUUCUGGACGAUUGUGAUUGUCAAUUGUUGAUGAUUUCAAGCAAGAUUCCCGAGUCAAAACGCAGGUAAUACUAUAUUUAGUGCCACGAGUUAAUAUCAUUAUGAAUAAAAUGCACUAACAGAUUUUUCUACAAGAUAUAGCAAUUAUAACUUGGGUGCUGUUUUGACAUGUUUGUUUUAAAACCAAUCUAUAAUAAACGUUUUCAGUCCUCCACCUCACUAGCUACUUACAAGUCCACAAUCAUUUUUUCAUUGAUUCUCAUUUCUUUUUAAUAAUAAAAAGAAUACCAAGGAUAGUUGCUGCAUUGUCUGCAUUAAUCUUCCUUUGUUGUUGUGAUGUUCUGUUUCCCAUCUACUCACAUGACGGCGUUCACUUGUUUUUUCUUGCCGUAUAAACUGGUGUAAGAACCGCCCAUGUGACCACAUUUUAAAGAAAAUCGUAUUUUCUUGCUCCAAGAUUCCUUCUUUAAAUUAACUGCUCAUUAAAGCACUCAUACGACCCCGGCUUAACGUGUGUUAUUGUGAGAAGGGGAAUGAUGUACAGGUACUUAAAACAUUUUCACUUAUUACAGUACAGUAAUAUCAAGCACCAUUGCUAUGAUGUUCACAAAAGUACAAGUGUGACCCAGUAAAGAACACAUUGUGUAAUGGGAUGUUGUUGACAUGGUAAAAAUAUGUACAUAGCCAUGCCACAAAAGAUGGGUUUGGCUGGGAAGGUUACAAAGACUAGACUACUGAUCCAGGAAAAUUGAUAGUUGCCUGCACUGUCAAACAACCACAGCCAACAGUUAGGUAAUGUACAAAUUAUGUAGUGCAUGCACAAUGGAACCAUCCAUUAAGGCCAUGUUACUCCCUACACUAUACUAAGUUUGUUGUUUUACUGCAAAUCAUUGGUAUAACGAUCACUUACAUGUGAGGGUUAACUGUACAUGUAUCAUCAUUUUAUAUUACAUAUUUCUUUAUUUGAUCGUACAGUAAUUGCUCCCAUCACUGAGAGUACAGUACUGUAGGUCAUAACAGAGACUUUAUUCACAGAAAGCUUGUACUCUAGCAGUUGCCAAUAUAAUUUUAAAUAGUAAGUUCCUGUGAAGUUUGAAGGAUUCACUUAGCUUGGAUAGUUUAAUUUUGAUACAAUAAACUUUGCUUUGAGGUUUAAUUUUAUAACCUGCAAAAAAUGUCAUGGUCACUAUGAGGCCAUACACAAAGACACUGCUGGUUUCGCAUGUGACAUCAACACUGUUUGGUAAGUAAUACAUACAGUGUUAUUUUCACUUUUUUUAUUACCAUAGAUGUGAGGGAUGCCAUUUCAUGUUAUGUUAUUGUAAUGAAUCAUUAAAUUGUUCAUGAGUCACUAAAAAUAGCAUUUGACACAUCUGUUUGUGCAUAGCAAUUAUUAUCCUGUUGUAGUACAGUAUUAUUGAGUAUACUGCUUGACAAAGGUUCCCCAUCAAUAUAUGGUCAUUAAUGUACAAUUCAUACAAUAUGUAAAUUUUGUAAACUAAACACUUACUUGUAGGUACUUCAUAUGUCAACUUUUUGUUACUGUACAAGGAAGAAAAUCAACCAAACUUUUGUAAUGUUAUGGAUGGUUCAAGAUUAUGUUGAUGUAAAAUAUAUUAUUAAUGUGGGGGCUUCAGGCUGUCCCACAGUAAUCGUUCUGUCCGUCCGUCCUUCGUGUACGUAACACCAUGUAUCAUGUCACCCUACAGCUAGCCAUCCCAAUUUUUUACCAAACAUGUAUCUCAUCAUUGGCCAAAAGCCUUUUUUGAGAUGAAUGACCCUGACCUACUUCCUAGGUCAGGUCAUUUGUCCUCAAAUGAUGUUACUGCAUUAUAUCAUGAAGGAUUAUAGCUAGGCUUACCAAAUAGAUUAUGUAUCUAAUCAUGGCCCAGAGCUUACGGUAAUAGAGAUCAGUGACUGUGACCUAUUUUUUAAGAUGACAAGGUCAGUUGGCUUCAGAUGACGUUAUCACUCUAUCUCAUGAUUGUGGCGAAGCUUGCAAGAUCUAUAUAGGCUACAGUAUACAGUACGGUAUGUCAUCAUGACUCAUAAGGUUAUUGGUGUGGUGAUGAUGAUACAUUUUCAAUGUCACCUUCAUAACAAAACAAAACAAAACGUGUUUAUUAUCAUGAGCCAGAAGUCAAUCAGACGUAAAUGUCUGACCCAAUUUUGAAGGUCACCUGUCCAUUAAUUUUUGUAGGUGCGGAGCCCUGAGUGACUCCUGUGUGACAAAUGCAUCUAAUAACUUCAUGUACAUUAAUGAUUGAUAAGAAAAAAUAAAUUCAAAAUGAGUUUGUGCAGGACUCAUAUUUUAUAUACUGUAAACAAAUGCUAUUAGUGAAAUACUUGGAUAUUAUUAAUACUGUAUAUUGUAGAUAAACCAGUUCUAGUAAA